AUGUUUCAUUUUGGAUCUCGCCUCUCAGUCCAGAUCGCCCUCUGCAUAUCGGUUCUCGGAUUGGUACAAGGGCUCAGCUUAGUAGGGCUCGAUAACGCUUCAAGCGGUAGUGAUAUAGCUAGGGCAUCAUUCACGGGCUCAGGGAUAACCGCCACUUUCAAGUUCUCCUCCAACCCAUCUACCUCCGCGACCAGAGUUGACGUCAGUGUCACUGGAUUAAGAAGUGGAUUCGACAAUCCUUACCAUAUCCACUCAUACGGUGUUGGAGUGAACUCUAACUGCACCGCGACUGGGCCUCAUUUUAAUCCUACUAAGGCCCUAGCAGGACAUUGUGACCCCGCCAACCCGAAGCUGUGUGAAAUUGGGGACCUGGCAGGAAAACAUGGAAACCUUUUAAGCCGCCAAUCAGUUUUUAGUACAACCUACGAGGACAGCUCCUUACAGCUUUCUCGUACAGGGGGCGGAAUUUUCUAUCGAAGCAUCGUGAUUCACGGCCCAAACAAAAUAAAGUUGGCCUGUGGCACGAUAAUUCCCACAGCGGCUUCCCCAGCUGAGAAAAUCGUAGGCGAUUUGCUUUGA